GCGGAUCUGGGCUUCCCAUCAGUAUUCGCAACCAAAUCUAUUCAACUCACUUCAUCAUGGCAGGCCAGAAAUUGACAGAGCUACGCGGCCUGGUAAUUCGCACCAGAAGUCUAUCUCCAGCUCAAUCCGAAGCAAGUGAUGAGCUCAUGGAGAAAGAUUAUGUACACCAUCAAUCCGAUACUGCGAUGGCGUAUCCCACACUCAACCUGGUCGACCUACUGAAAAACAAUGAAGCCGAUGAAUUGCUUCGAGAUCUCGCCGCUAAAAGUCCGCCAAUUCGAGCUUAUCUCCGAAUGAACUCUACCUCACCAAAUGUCGAGACUUUCCCCGACUUCUGGGACCCUGUAGACAAAAGAGCUCCACGAAGGGUUUCCAGGAGACGGUCGUUCAGCGCUUGAAUAUAUUGAGAUAUGAUUCAAAUCAAUCAGACUGGAACAAUUGAUCGAAGAUAGUCAUCGCUGCCUUCGUGCCUUCAACAAUCGUGGAGAUUGCAAAAUUCUCAAGAUCAUGGAGGUCGCCGUGGCUUUGCCAGAUAUCAAAAUCGUCGAAACCUAGAAACGAGCACCGGUGCUUGAACGAGGACACAUGUUACAGUCGACCCGGGUGAGAAUUUCAGAAGAUCAUGAUUGAUCUUCAGAGGGCUCGUCCAACACCGACAUGACUUGUGGCAAGGUGCAUAGUUAUACGACACGUCGAAGACGCAUGCCAAUCUGCACCUGUUCCACAGUCUCGUCGAUGCGUUCGAAGUAUAUCGUCUUGAUGAAUGAACAUGCUCGAUGCUAGUGCCACAUCCGCUCGAUGCUCCUGCUGAGAUGGCAUGCGGAUAGUGGUUAGAUUCGCAAUAAGUGCUACUACAAAGCAUAAUGGUGGCUCACUGAUGCCGACCGAAGUCAAGGGUUAAGGCCAAGCCGAAAGAUAGCUCAACUAGCGAGCACAAGUCGAACUUACAACAUCGAUGCCUGCAUUCGAUGUUUGCGAAUAGGCGAAUGGAAACCCGUAAUCCACCCC